AAAAUUGAUCCAGCCUUUUCAGUUUUUGCUAAACUUGUAAAAUGUUGUUUGAAUGACAAAAAUAUUGAUCUUAUGAAAUCUUCAAAUUUUAAAACAUUAUAUUUUCUACUCAUGAGUUCAAACUUGGAAAAAAAUAAAAUGGACGAAUUUAUAAAUUAUGCUUUAGAAAUGAUUCAAAUACAUCCGUCUAGCUUCUCUUCAGUUGAUAUUGAAAAUGGAUUCAAAUUCAUUAAGUGAAAAUCUUACAGAAGAAAUGUGGUCCUCACUUGUAAAAAAAUUACUUAGAAAAGGAUUAAAUGAUUUAUCCAAUGGAUAUUUGAUGAUUGAGUUACUUAAUAGCAUCAUUUCCACUGUAUAUAAAAUUAAUAUGGAAAACAUGUCACUUUCACUACCAGAAAUUUUUCAAAUGAUUUUUGGUCAUUCUAAUUUCAUUUCAUUAAUAUUAGAAGACUCAGGAAAAUGCUUAACAAAAGAAUCAAUCAUUUCACUACUUGUAACUCUGGUCACUCUUGAUUCUUCUGUGUGUAAAUCAGAACAUAUUCCAUUGUAUCUUGGUGCUUAUCAUGCUACAUUGAAUAAAACUGAUCAAUCACUUCUUUUUUUAAUAAGUUUAUAUGAGGAAGCAGGAAUACAACUUAAUAAAUUCAGACCAUUUAUGUGGGGAUCUGCUGGUGUUAAUCAUUAUUCUUUGAAAGCCCAGACUAAUCUUUCUUUAUGGAAAGAACCAAAUUUAGAUGAUAUUAUUACUUUGCUGGACAGAGAGAAAAUGUGGCAUACAAUUUUAAAUUUUCCUUUAAAUCUAGACUUAAAACCUGGUGUUCAAGAAUUAAAAUAUGUGGAAACUGAAUUAGAUAAAAUUUAUGAUCCUCGAUUUUUACUUUCACUUUUCAUUGUUUUAUUAACUCCAGGAUCCCUUGUCAACUGCAGAAAAUUUAUUGAAUCAAAAUGUCUUGCACUAAUAUUUACAUCAUUAAGUAGCUCAGUCUUAAAUAUUCGAAAAGCCGGUUAUUAUGUAUUACAUCAGUUUUAUGAACAUCUGGAAGGUUCUAGAUUCAAAGAGAAAGAUUUAUGGCUAGGAAUUUUGAAACUAAUGAAGCAUAAUAUCACAAAAAGUAAUAUAAAGUUAUCUUAUUUAGUUACAUUAUUUCUCUGUAAAGUAACAGAUUAUGCAUUUAAAUCUGGUAAGUAAAAUUUAUAUUCAGAGUUAUUUUUAUAUUAGAUAAUUAUUCAAAUUUUCAGAAUUUCUAGAAUAUUUGUUUUUUAAUUUUAAAAAUUUGUAAUAUUUUAAUAUUCAAAACUUUCCAUUGACUAUACCUUAUAUUGCUAAUACAUCUAUUUGUUCAUAGCAUAGUUCAAUUUAUAGUAGUAAAGACAUUCAAAUGGGUUGAAAAAUGUGUAAGGAUCUUGAAAUUUGUUUUCUAAAAAAUUUCAAUCAAUGCUGAAAUCAAACAACAGUAAAAAGAAUUAUUUAAUACAUACAGAGAAAUGAAAAAAAUCUCCAAGAAAAUUGAUUUAAAAAUAUCCUGGAAACUCGUGUAUUAUUAUACUGUAUUCUUCAUGCUAUAGCAUAGAAUUUAGCCCAUUAUCCAUUAGAAUUCAGGAUCAGUCCUAUUUUCUGUUUCUAGAUAACUUUUUAUUCAAUAGAUAUUUUCUACUCUGAGAUAUUACAGCAGUUAUCUUUAAAGAAUGUCAUCAUAUUUUAUAUAUAAAUAAAGCUGAAGUAGAAUGUUAAGGUACAAUAAACAUUAAAG